GUUCGGCUGAACCGGAAAUAAUUAGUUGGCAUUAGCAACGUUUCGGCCGAGCCAGGCCUGAAUACAGAGAUAGCUGAGGAAAUAGAAACAAACAGACAGAAAACACUGAAGAACAGGCAAACAUUCCUGUUGAGCCUCAUACUGAGAUUGUGAGGCAAGUGACUAUAACAGAAUGACAAGCUCCUCUACCCCUAGAAUGCACACGUACAAGAGGACUUCCAGCCCUCGAUCACCAACGAAUACAGGAGAGCUUUUCACACCAGCACAUGAAGAAAAUGUGCGCUUCAUCCAUGACACUUGGCUUUGUGUUUUGAGAGACAUUAAAUCCCCACAAAAUAGUGAACGUAAUGAUCGCGGACCACAGGAGUAUGUGGAGAAAAACCCAAAUCCCAACCUACAUUCUUUUAUACCAGUGGACCUGAGUGACCUUAAGAAGCGGAACACACAAGACUCCAAGAAGUCUUAGACCGUUCCCUCUAUUUCUGAUCCAGCCGGGGGGGUUUUUUGUCCUCCCUUUUACAUUUGGGACCUUUUUACUCUAUCAGUCUUCUGUUGGCCAACAAAUAAGAUUUGGCCACCUUAGUCCAGAAAGCUUCUCUCUUCUCUGCCUCAUGGACCUGUGAUCUGCACAUCUAUUUAUGCGUUACAUUUUCAAGAGCCGUUUGAGUGGCCAUUCCCUGUUUUUCAUGUUCAUCCGGGCUCUUUUUUUAUAUAUAUAUAUAUUUUUUUUUUUCUGUCUUUUUUUGCAGAUGGGAAAAUAACAAAGACCUGUUUCAGGAUUUUUUUUCUUUCUUUCUUGGGUUUAGAUUUUUCUUCAUUUUUUGAUGUGGAGAUGACAAAUGGGGAAGGUAAAGGACAGUGAUGCUUAAACUGUUGGACAGACUCUACACAAACUUUCCCAAAAAGGGGACGCAGUCCUGGAAUUUACUCCUUUUUCGAAACGCGAUUCAUCACCCGCCGGGGAGCGACUGACUGUUCAGUUAGUUUCAUAGAUUGAUUGAUUCAUAGAAGAAUUUAGCGAGUUUUGUCUGGUAGGACAGGUAAGUUUGGCUCGGCAGAUAUUUUUAGUAAACGUACCUCCAUUUUUAACUAUGAAUUGAUACCGUCAAGAACUUUAAGUAGACUUCCAAAUCUUUCGUUCCCAGCCUUUAAAAUAAAAUUAAAAUAAAGAUUACUUUUAUGUUAUCUCAGACUCUCUGCAUUGCAUUUAUCAUGUUGUCUAUGAGGUUGCCUGUAUGUUUUUUUUUUGUAUGUGUACUCUUAAAAUUUAACAACGGGAAUGUUUAGCAGAUAAAUGCAUUUAAAGUUAAAACCCUUCUUUUCUGGAAAUGGUUCGGAAUUUUGGAGGGUGCUGUGAAAGUGAGGAAAAACUGAACAUUCCGUUUUAGAGAAGAGUUCCGGUAAGUGAUCAUAUCAUGAUCCCAUUCUCACUGCUCUGUAGGCUUUUUGAGAUGAUAUGAUUUAUAUAAACACAAGUCCUUCUCAAAAGCCCUUAUUAAACACAUCACAAGCUUCUAAUGUAUGUUUAUGUUUUUCAAAAAUGCUGCGUAUUUAUGGCGGGUACGUAUUUAUAAG